UAAAGGUUUUAGCGUUCAACAGUAAUCAGUAAUAACUACACUUAAUAAUUGAAAGUUCAAACCAGCCGACGCUACGCUGUUAUUCAACAUUCAACUCUAGUCUUUUACUCUCGUCCCACCAGUGAACUGCACAAUAAUACCUUAAGAUGGAAAAUAUGUUUAGUACGUCCGGAGAAAAAGAGACUGAUGAAAAACUCUUGCAGCCUUUCACAUAUAUUAUGCAAGUGCCUGGCAAACAAAUCAGAGCUAAACUUGCCCAUGCAUUUAAUUAUUGGUUGAAAAUACCAUCAGACAAAUUGGCUGUUAUUGGAGACAUAGUGCAGAUGUUGCAUAAUUCUAGUCUCUUAACUGAUGAUAUCCAAGAUAAUUCAGUCUUAAGACGUGGGAUACCCGUGGCACAUUCAAUUUAUGGUGUUGCUAGUACAAUCAAUGCUGCAAACUACAUGUCGUUUGUUGCAUUAGAACGAACUCUGAGCUUAGGGCAUCCAAUGGCUACCACUGUAUACACUGAACAGGUGUUAGAACUUCAUAGAGGUCAAGGAAUGGAAAUUUAUUGGAGAGAUAAUUAUACAUGUCCGACUGAAGAUGAAUACAAAAAAAUGACAAUCAGAAAGACUGGUGGUUUAUUUAUGCUUGCUAUCAGACUCAUGCAAUUAUUCAGUGAGAGUACUAAUGACUUCACCAAACUUACUGGAAUAUUAGGAUUAUACUUCCAGAUUCGAGAUGAUUAUUGUAACUUAUGUUUGCAAGAAUAUUCUGAAAACAAAAGUUACUGUGAAGAUUUAACAGAAGGAAAGUUCAGUUUCCCAAUUAUACAUGCAAUCCAUACUCACCCUGAAGACAAACAAGUGAUUCAUAUUUUGCGACAGCGAACAAGAAAUGUUGAUGUGAAAAAGUAUUGUGUAAAGUUGUUGGAUAAUUAUGGUUCAUUUGAACAUACAAGGAAGGUAUUGACACAAUUGGAUGGUGACGCUCGUAAAGAAGUGGAAAAUCUUGGUGGUAAUCCAUUGAUGAUUAAAAUAUUAGAUGGACUUAGAAACUGGUCAUAUAAUUUUGACGAAAAGACAAAUAAUUAAAUGUUUACAUUUUAUUAUUUUAAUUUCAAUUUCCACCAUGACCAAUUGUUGAAAAGUAGUUUUAUUUAUGUGAAUUGUCACAUUUUUAGUUGCGUAUUAAAUAUUUUGCUGUACCAAAAUGUAAUGGGGACCCUCUUUUUGUAUGUUUACUUAUCAUCAGUACUAUCAGUUUAUUUUAAUUAAAAUAUUACUAUACUCUGUCAUCCGAAUACUAAAAGAAUUUAAACUUUAUAGGUCUUAUCAUUAAUUUUGAAAAAGUUCUUAAUUUUUUUUUUAAUUAUAAUAUUAUAGAGUUGUAUGUUUAUAUGGCAAUCAAUAACUGUAAAAUAAAAAAAUAGGCCAUAAUAAAACUAAUUUUGGCCAGUUUAAUAUCUAAGUACUUAAAUGUAAAACAUUGCCAUAAUAAUAUAUAUUUAUAUAUAUAUGAAUAAUAAUAAAGAAUAAUGAAUAUAGUCUUCCAAUUGAAUAUAAUAUAUAUUAUACAAAAAAACAAAAAAUGCAAGUAUUGUAUUUUUAUACUUUAAUGCUAUUAUUUGAUAUUUAUUAUUAAUAAUUUUUCACUUUUUUAAACCAUUAUUAAGUUUCUUUUUUAUUAUAUUUUGCUUAAUCUUAUAAACCCAAUCUGCUCAUGGCCAUUUUGUCAAACGUCUUUGCUAAUUAGUGUCUUAAGAUUUACCAAUUGUUUCUAAAUUUAAUAAGUACUUAUAAUUUUUAAACAUAUGUAUGAAAAUAAUAAAUAGAUAUAUAUUAGUGAGAUAUUAAUUUAUACCUAGUUAAUACUAUGUUAUAUGUGUUAUGUGUAAAUGUUGUAUACGUAUAAAAAUUAGUUACAGAAAAUAAAUGUCACUUGAUUGAAA